GUCCUUUUAAUAUGCAAAUAAGAGGGCGUGGUCUAUCCUUACACCGUCAUCAGAACUAGACAGCGGCGUGGUCACGUGCUACUCGCAGAGAAUACUCCAGAUCCAAGAUGGCGGCGUACAUGAGAAUGUGGAGAUCAUACCGUCCCGUGUCCAGAAGCAUCAGCACAGCUUCAUCAGCAGGAACGGUCCUGAUCAGAGCCGGGUUAAACGCGUUAUUCCCGCGGGAUCCUCUCAGCGGGAGCCGCUUCAUCCACAUCCAGCGCUCGUAUUCCAGUAUAUCCAGCAGAAAGUCGUUACACAACGCGAGGAUCGCAGCAUCCGCAGUGAGUGACAGGUCGAGGCGCGUGCCCGCGGGCUCCGGGAGCCUCGGACUCGGGUGUCAACAGAAGAGGUUUCUCUUCGGGAACCAGGGAAGCGGGUUCUCCGGAGGGGACGGGGCAGAGAGUAGCGGGGGAGCUGAGGAUGAAUCCGGGGGUGAUGAAGGUCCUUAUACUCCUCCUCCUCCUCAGAUGAGCGCGCUCACCACGAUGCUCGUGCCCGAGGUUUUCCCGAACGUGCCUCUCAUCGCUGUCAACAGGAAUCCCGUGUUUCCCAGAUUCAUCAAAAUCAUUGAGGUAAAAAACAAGCAGCUCAUGGACCUGUUGAGGCGAAAGGUUCGACUCGCUCAGCCGUACGCAGGUGUGUUUCUGAAGAAAGAUGACAGUAACGAGUCGGAUGUGGUGGAGAGUCUGGAUGCCGUUUAUCGCACCGGAACAUUCGUGCAGAUCCACGAGAUGCAGGAUCUCGGAGACAAACUCCGUAUGAUUGUGAUGGGGCACAGAAGAAUCCGCAUCAAUAAGCAGCUGGAUGUUGAGCCGGAGGAGCCGGCGUCCCUGGAGCUGGAGGCUGAAGGCGAGCCGCUCAAAGCCGCGCGCCGGAAGCAGAAACGUUCCCGCAAGGAUCCGGCGUCUCCUGCUGAGGCCAUGGAGGAGAAGGUGCAGGUGGCGGAGCUUGUGGUGGAGGCGCUUCCUCUUCCCAGCGUCCUCAUGGUGGAGGUGGACAACGUGAUCCACGAGGACUUCCAGGUCACAGAAGAAGUCAAGGCCCUGACGGCUGAGAUCGUCAAGACCAUACGUGACAUCAUCGCUCUGAAUCCACUGUACAGAGAGUCUGUUCUCCAGAUGAUGCAGGCUGGGCAGAGAGUAGUGGAUAACCCGAUCUACCUGAGCGACAUGGGGGCGGCACUGACCGGGGCCGAUUCGCACGAGCUACAGGACGUCCUGGAGGAAACAAACAUUCCCAAACGACUCUACAAAGCACUCUCUCUGCUGAAGAAGGAGUACGAACUGAGUAAACUACAGCAGCGUCUCGGGAGAGAGGUGGAGGAGAAGAUCAAGCAGACGCACAGGAAGUACCUCCUCCAGGAGCAGCUGAAGAUCAUUAAGAAGGAGCUCGGCCUGGAGAAAGAGGACAAAGACGCCAUUGAGGAGAAGUUCAGGGAGAGGUUGAAGGACCGUACCGUACCUCAGCACAUCAUGGAGGUUAUCAACGAGGAGCUGAACAAACUGGGGCUGUUAGAUAACCACUCCUCAGAGUUCAACGUCACCCGUAACUACUUAGAUUGGCUGACCUCCAUGCCGUGGGGAACCAACAGUGUGGAGAACCUGGAGUUGGUCCGAGCCAAAGAGGUGUUGGAAGAGGACCACUACGGAAUGGAUGACGUCAAGAAACGCAUUCUGGAGUUCAUAGCUGUGAGCCAGCUUAAAGGCAGCACACAGGGAAAGAUCUUGUGUUUCUAUGGACCUCCUGGAGUCGGCAAGACCAGUAUCGCCCGCUCAAUCGCCAGAGCGCUUAAUCGCGAAUACUUCCGCUUUAGCGUGGGAGGAAUGACGGAUGUGGCGGAGAUUAAAGGCCACAGGAGAACAUAUGUUGGUGCAAUGCCAGGAAAGAUCAUCCAGUGCCUAAAGAAAACGAAGACUGAAAACCCAUUGGUCCUUAUUGAUGAGGUUGAUAAGAUCGGUCGAGGGUACCAGGGUGACCCGUCUUCUGCGCUACUGGAGCUUUUAGAUCCAGAACAGAACGCUAACUUUCUUGACCACUACCUGGAUGUGCCUGUCGACCUGUCUAAGGUGCUUUUCAUUUGUACGGCCAAUGUUCUCGACACCAUCCCCGAACCCUUACGAGACCGAAUGGAAAUGAUCAACGUCUCAGGCUACGUUGCUCAGGAGAAACUGGCAAUUGCGGAGAGAUACCUGGUUCCCCAGCUGCGAUCCCUGUGCGGGCUGGAUGAGCAGAAGGCCAGGAUCACGCCCGAGGCCCUGAGCGUGCUCAUCAGACAGUACUGUCGGGAGAGCGGCGUCAGGAACCUGCAGAAGCAAGUGGAGAAGGUGUUCAGGAAAGUGGCGUUUCGGAUCGUCAGCGGCGAGGGGUCGGAGGUCAGCGUCACUUCGGAAAACCUCCAGGAUUUCGUGGGGAAGCCCAUCUUCACUGUGGACCGGAUGUAUGACGUCACGCCGCCGGGAGUCGUCAUGGGCCUGGCCUGGACCGCCAUGGGCGGCUCGACGCUGUUCAUCGAGACGUCUCUGCGGCGCGCGAGGGAUCCGGUGGGCAAAGACGGGCCCCGAGACGGGUCGCUGGAGCUCACGGGGCAGCUGGGAGACGUCAUGAAGGAGAGCGCUAAGAUCGCCUACACCUUCGCUCGCUCGUUCCUCAUGAAGCAGCAGCCGGAGAACCAGUUCCUGCUGGGAUCCCACAUACACCUGCACGUGCCGGAGGGAGCGACUCCUAAAGACGGGCCGAGCGCGGGCGUCACGAUCAUCACGGCUCUGCUGUCUCUGGCUCUCGACGCCCCGGCCCGGCAGAACCUGGCCAUGACCGGAGAGGUGUCUCUGACCGGGAAGAUCCUGCCGGUGGGGGGCAUCAAGGAGAAGACCAUCGCUGCGAAGAGAGCGGGCGUCACCUGCAUUAUCCUGCCGGCCGAGAACAGGAAGGACUUCUCGGAUCUGGCCGACUACAUCACAGAGGGACUGGAAGUGCACUUCGUGGAGAACUACAGCCAGAUCUUCCCACUCGUAUUCUCGGGACACUGA